UCUGUAGUACACCUGUCAUGAAAUCGUUCAAAUCAAGAUCGUCAAAAUGAAAUCCCUUUCAUUCUUCAUUAUCAGUGUUAUACUAAUCAUUAUCCACCCGAUCAAAUUACAAACGCGAAUUCCCUCUUACCUUCAAGAAUGCUACGACGAGAAAACCUUCCGCGGACCUCAUCUCCCUUUAAAUCUACAAACAUUCAUCGAUAUCAUAAGAAAAGCUGAAACAUACUCUGACAGGUCUAUAGACUUGAGGAUUUUCACUUCGUCUCUGCUUCAUCGAUUCAAAUUCGAUGGGAUUGAGUGGCAUAAGGACCUCAAAUUUGAGGACGGCGUCUUGCCUUUCGGUGGAACCGGUCCUCAGAGGACGAAGAAUCAAAUUAUUGAGGAGUUAGUUCCAGGAAAUUAUAAGCAAUUUCCGGAUAAUGUUUUGACGAAGUUGGAACGCUGUGCUCUCCACCGCGCGCUUUCCAACACUAUUUCGGAGGAUGAGGAUCCAGCCAAUGAUAAAUUUUGUAUGGAACGACCGACGGAGAAAAUUUCUGAAAAUAUGGUCCCUGCAGGAAUGAUGAGUUGUCCACUGGAGUUCGGUGUCAUCCUAACGCCCUACGGGACAGUAGCCCCAGGAGCUUUGAUCGCAGGCAUUGCUGCUGCCCUUCAGCCCCAAACUGUUGCAGUUAAGUUAUUAUUGAAUAUUCCGGAUGAGUUUAAUUAUCACGAUUAUGAGGUCGACAUCAUGAUCCCCAAGAGUGAGAUGACACCCGUCAGAUCCAUGUGGCUCAACUCUAUUCUCGCUUCUGAUACCAAGUUGGAUAAUGUUUGGACAUCAACUGUUGCUGGUGAUUUAGCAGAAAUGGCGGUUCAUCAAGGACCCUCAGUGGGCAAUCGAAUGCUACUUGGAGCCACUGGAUUCUGGAAUAGUUCAAUAAGACCUCAAAUAUUUUACCUGCUAGGAAAAGAUGGAAGCUUCGAUGCCACGAGAGCAGAAAUUGUUGGAGCUAUUGAUGGUUUUAUAAUCGCCAAACAUCUGAAACACUGGACCUCAAACUUCACCACCCUCCGUCUCAGUGAGCUCCUGAGCAUGUAUUAUUCCCGGAAAGGCAUAACUUUUGACUCGACAGUGAAAGCCUGCAAUCGGGGUGAAUCCUUCUGGUACAUGGCAUCAACGACCAUCCUAGAGCAACAGGUUUACGCGACCUCCCAGAUCUUAGCUUAUCGUCGCAGUGCCGUUCACAUGACGGACGAGGUCUUGAAGAAAAUGGUCCACUACUCGGUGACUAAAUUCUCGGACUACGUGAAUAAUCACUUGUUCCCCGAGAUUCACUGCAUCACGGAAAAACAUUAUCCCAAAGUUGAAGUUUUAGUGACUUCGGAUGGGGCCUGGUCGCAUGAGUAUACAGCGGACUUUCUAGCCAUUCUAUUAGAAGAUUUGAACGUCUCUCCCUUCGGCUCAAAUAUCGGACUCAUCGAGGGAACCACUGGAGAAUGGCUUCUGAACGUCACAAACAGUUUCUCCUCAGCCCACUCAGAAAUUUUGAACCAAACUUCAUCGACAAAACUAAAUCUCGCAAAAAUUUUCGAUGUCGCGACCGAUUACUACACGAGUAAAUGGAAUGAACGACAUAAAAAUCACACGGUUGGAGGAUUGGGUCAGGCAAUCGUGAUCUUAGCUCCAUUGAUUCGAUUAUCUGAGCCUGAAGUCCAAGAAUCACUGAUUUCCUUGAGGAGAAUGCGGAGUCUCCACCCAGAUGUCCACGUAAUUUACUACACAACUCCAGAGAAGGCAGACCCCCUGAGACGCUUUCUGAUAUCCCAAAAAGACUACUUGCUAACGAGUUUGAGGAUUAACGACAUCAGUGCUUACCUCUUGGAGGUUCCAAACAGCAUCAGGCCAGGACCAUGCAAUCCAAACGUGACAUUAGGGAUCAGGGAUCAGGUAGAGGGUUACGUGUAUCCUCAGGAAGUGAUUACUUAUCGACUGGAUCCUCUGUGGCGAGCCAACACCAAGAGAGUCACUGUGAAAAUAGUAGGAUUUGGAUAUGGAUCAUUGGAGAUUUGCAUGUGGAAUCAAAGGGGGAAUAGUGCCACAAGAAAACUAUUGUCUUGUAGAGAAUUGUCAGGAAAUGAGGAAGAGGAAUUGACUGAUUUUCAUGCGUGCAGAGAGGAAAAUUGUCCAGCUAUUUUUUACAAAGUUCGAGGACUUUCGUCGACGAAUAAAUGCGCCGAAAUUGACUGCAGAACUCCAGAACACAUCAGAUAUCUACUGCGAAUGGAAAAUCUUCAGUGCUCCACUGCCAAAAAACUCACCCCUUCGCUCAUUGCCCCACUACUAUUACUGUUUUUUACUUCAAUAAAACAAUACUUGAGUUAAUUCAAAAAUUUAUUUAGUUAUCAAAGACCUCAGAAAUUGUGGAAAAAAUCUUA